AUGGACUGGACGCAUACAUACAUUGCCGGCACGGCCGUGCUGGUCUUCGCCCUCGUGGGCCUGGUACUCCUGAUCGGGUCGCAGCAAGUCAAGAUCGCGAAUACUCGUGCGGGGCCUUAUUUGAAGUUUAUUUGGGCCAAUUUCAUCAAGCCGCAUGACAAGCAAGCUGGGGGACAGCAGGAUGCGUUGGAGAGCUUCUACAAGACACAGGCUGCGGUUUACGAUGCGACCCGUCGUCGAUUGCUCUGUGGUCGAGAGGAUAUGCUGGGACUCGUGGGCGCGCAGCUGAAACACAAGAUCGAGAACAAGCAGAUCAAGGCCGGCAAGGCUGUCUGGGUGGAUGCAAUGGCCGCUUUCCUUCCCGUCGAUAAGUUCUUCAAGCACGUGUACCUGGUCGAUCUGUCGCCCUCCCUUUGCGAAGUGGCCCGGAACCGCUUUGAACGAUUGGGAUGGAAGAAUGUCACAGUCCUUUGCCAAGAUGCACGUUCCUUUACGCUCCCAGAGAGCAUGGAUCCUCGGUCUACAAGUCUAGUCAAUGGCGGCGUGGACCUGAUCACCAUGAGCUACAGCUUAUCGAUGAUUCCAGACUACUACAGCGUUGUGGACUCACUGACCUCUCGCCUGAAGUCGACUGGACUGCUGGGUGUAUGUGAUUUCUAUGUACAAAGCAUUGUCGACGUGUCAUGCCGCAACUACACCGGUGGUGCUUUCAACCGUCAUGUGAACUGGCUCGGACGCAUGUUCUGGAGAGCCUGGUUCGACUUCGAUCGGGUCAGCUUGGAGGCAGCCCGCCGGGACUACUUGGAGUACAAAUUUGGAACUGUCAUCUCAGCCAGUGAGCGAAACUACCUUCUAGGUGGCAUUCCUUACUACAUUUUCGUUGGAUGUCCCAAGGAAGUUGGCUCAACGCCCUCCAGCCAAUCCAUCGAGAAGUUGGAUGCGUCCUUCACCGAGUCUCCAUACCUGUUGCCCGCCAACCAUAUGCAAGAGAUGGACAACGCAGUUGUGAAGAGCUCCCAGGAGAUCCGAUCGAAGGCGUAUGAAUCAGCAGUCGUCAAUCUGAGUGCUAACCUUCCACUCCCCUCGUCAUUCUACCAGAACCACCACUAUCGCAUUCAUUACAACGACAUGCUGCCCAAGCACACCCAGUUCCAAAACGAAUACAUCUAUGCUUUCACCUGGGAGGAUCCCAGGGUGGACCACCAGCUGCUGAACAUCAAUAAAGACGAUGUGAUUUUAGCUAUCACCAGUGCUGGUGACAAUAUUCUGGACUAUCUCCAAAAGAACCCCCGUCGAGUCCAUGCCGUCGACCUGAACCCCAACCAGAACCAUCUCCUCGAGCUCAAGGUCGCAUGCUACUCCGCCCUGGGCCACCGUGACAUGUGGAAGAUCUUCGGCGAUGGAAAGCACGCCCAGUUCCGUGAACUGCUCAUCUCCAAGCUCAGCCCUCACUUGUCAAGUCAGGCUUUCCAGUACUGGCUAGAGCACACCCAAACCUUCACAUCGACUUCCGGUCACGGGCUCUACGAGACCGGCGGCUCCCGCCAUGCCAUCCGUAUGGUUCGCUGGCUUUUCAACAUCUUCGGGCUCCAGGGUGAGGUCCGCAAGUUGUGCGAAGCGCAGAGUUUGGCCGAACAGCGUGAGAUCUGGCCUCGUAUUCGUCGCGUCUUGUUAAGUCGGCCCCUGAACUGGGCUAUUGUGAGCACUGAGUGGUUUGCCUGGAAGGCUGCCGGUGUGCCGCGCAAUCAGCGAAACAUGAUUGUCGACGACUAUUUCCGUCGCAACGGGCUGACUGAGGGAAUGAAAGCGGGUAAGGAUGUCAGUGGCCAGUCGAUCUGGGAAUAUGUUGUCAACACUCUGGAUCCGGUUAUCAAAGAUACCAUGAUCAGCAACGACAACUAUUUCUACUACCUUUGUGUUCAAGGGAAAUUCUCCAGGAGAUGCCACCCAUCUUAUCUCUCACCACAGGCUCAUGUCAAGCUCUCGACUCCAGGUGCAUUCGAUGGUCUUCGUAUCCAUACCGAUGAGAUCAACGAAGUCAUCAACCGCAUCACCCCCGGUACCCUCACGAUCGCCGUGGUUAUGGACUCAAUGGACUGGUUCGAUCCUGAAGAAGACUCAGCGCCCGCUCAAGCCCGAACCUUCAACCACGCCCUGAAGAAGGGUGGUCGCAUCCUCCUCCGCUCUGCUAGCAUCGACCCCUGGUACAUCAAGCACUUUGAGGAGAACGGCUUCACUGCUAGUCGCGUCGGAGCCCGAUUCCCCGGCACAUGUAUUGAUCGUGUCAAUAUGUAUGCCUCCACGUGGAUCUGCACGAAAACCAAAGAGAUCUUCCAAAGCAACGUUGAUCGCAAGAUGUCGACCCUCGCUCUGCCUGAUAGUGCCAUUCCCACGGCCAAAAGGGCAGGCAGUGUCGAAGAUCUGCAGAUUUGA